CCGGCGGGGCUGGAAGUGGGGGGGCCGCGUUCGAGGCCGCGGCGGGUGUGUUCUGACCGUUGGUGGCUCGGGCCAUUGCAGGCGGCGCGGCCAUGGCGGGCACGGCGCACCUCGUGCAGACCUGCAGUCGGCGGUUGGCCGAGUUCCUGCGCGAGGUGGACGAGACGGACCUGGUGUGGCUGGCCGAGAUCCGCGAUGAGGCGGCCCGCAUGUUCGGCAGCAGUGACUGUAAUGAUGAGCCAGAGUUGAUGCCAAAAACUCCAUCACAGAAAAAUCGUCGCAGGAAGAAGCGUAUUUCUCUUGUUCAGGAUGAGAAUGAAGAUCCAACCAGGAAGAGGUUGUCCAGGAGGAGAAAUAGUAGCAUUAAGCCACGAUCUUCUAAGCGAUAUUCCCAAAGACUCCAAAACAAAGACGACCUGGGAAAAAUCUGUGCUGCAGUGGAAGAGGCCUCCCUACAUGAACAAGUAACAAGAUCUGAGGCUACAGCACCUGCUAAAUGCUCUGAGGCAUUUCCUGAGAAAUCAGCUGUCAAAGCAAUAGAGGAGAGAAUCCCCUUUGUAGAGAUCAGUGUCAAUGAUCGCAGUAGUGCUGAGUUACAUCUACAGGGGAAUGUGCCAGAGACAGCAGAUGAGGUCUCCAGAAUCAUCUGCCUGAGCUCAAAUGAUGAGUCUCCCCCAAAAAAUGGAAUGGUAGAAAACCAGUCAGUACUUGAAGCCUCUGUGCUUGUGGUCUCUCAGACCCCAGAAGCAAAUGGGGCAAGAGGAAGCCGGGGUGCAUCUAAGCUGAAAAUAGCAAAUAUACUCACUACCAAAGCCACCAUAAAUGAGGAGCCUAAGGAGGUUGAUGGCUGUGCUCUGGGACCACAGGAUAAACAGACUCCAGGAAAGGAGCUUUCCCAGGAUUUAAAAGACAAUGCAGGGACCCCUACGGGCUCCCGAUCAAGCCGAUGCUCUGUGCGCCGUAGUCUGAUGGGUAAGACUUCCUUCACCCGCAGAACAUCAUUGGCAGAGAAGUACUCGUUAGCCAGCAAAAGGGAAAGUAUGAUCCGGAAAUCUGUCAGAAAUUCUUCUAACAAGAAAAUUCGGAAGUCAUCUCAAGUCUCCAACAAUGUGAACUGUUACAGCUCCAUAGUGACCCUUGUAGAUGAAGAAAAAAAAAUCAAAAAUGGGUCUGUGCAGGAAUCUAGCACCUCAAAGCAGGAUCCUCAGGGCCCCAGGAUGUCCCUUCGUACUCGGAAUGCCAAAAAAAUAGCAAUCAGCAACCUUGCCUCUCAGCAGCAGCAACAGGAAGAGAGUAGCAAAGAGCGCAAUUCAAAUGAGAGUGGUGAGACCCUGGAACCUCCCCAGAGUGUGAGGAGAAAACCAAGUUAUAAGAAAGCUGUGGAUCAGCUGUAUGAUGGGCAGCAGGCAGAAGAAGGUGGGCUCUCCCCUCCAAGAAAAAAGACUCCAUCUCCUCCCUGCCCAGCCAGCAAGGUUGUGCGUCCUUUCAAGACCUUUUUGCACACUGUGCAAAAGAACCAGCUGCUCAUGACGCCAAGCUCUGUGGGGCGAAAUAAUGUUGUGAAAUCUUUCAUUAAACACAACACUCCACUCCGAACUGAUCCCAAGGAGAAGGAGCGGCAGCGCCUAGAAAGUUUGAGGAAAAAGCAGGAUGCUGAGCAGCAAAGAAAACAGAAACUGGAAGAAGAAAAGAGAAGACGCCUAGAGGAAAUGAAACUGAAGCGGGAGGAACGUCUUCGCAAGGUGCUUCAGGCUCGGGAACGUGUAGAGCAGAUAGAAGAAGAAAAGAAACGGCGCAUUGAGCAGAAACUUGCUCAAGUUGAUGAGAAAACUGAGAAGGUGCGGGAGGAGAGAUUGGCAGAAGAGAAGAUAAAGAAGAGGGUAGCUGCCAAGAAAAUGGAAGAAGCUGAAGCUCGGCGCAAACAAGAUGAGGAUGCCCGAAAAUUGAAAGCACUGCAGCUGGAGGAGGAGGAGCGCCGACACAAGGAACUAAUGCAGAAAAGGAAGGAGGAGGAGCAAGAACGAGUGAGGAAGAUCGCAGAGCAGAGACAAGCAGAGCAAGAGAGGGAGAGGCAGCUGGCUGCAGAGAGAGAGCUUGAGAAGAAGAAGGAACAGGAGAGGAUCCAGGCAGAGAGGGAACGUGAGCGGCAAGAGAAGGAGAAAAUCCUUCGCCAGCAGAAGGAACUAAUGGCAGCUAGGGAGAAGGAGCGGCUCCGACAAGAGAUGGAGGAAAAGAAGAAACGGCAGGAGGAGCAGCGUCUAGCAGAGCUGGAACAGCAGGAACAAGAAAAAAGAAAACUGCAAGAGGAGCAGGAGAAGAAAGCCAAGUUGGUAGAAUCUACUGCUGGCAGUAAACAGCUAAAUGUAACAGUGGAUGUGGAGAAUUCCUCUCUCUGCAACUCCUAUCAGAUGACCCCCCAGGGCCUGAAAGGGCCCAAGCCCCCAAAGAUCAAUCCAUCAAACAACUAUGGGAUGGAUCUGAACAGCGAUGACUCCACAGAUGAUGAGAGCCAGCCUCGCAAGCCCAUUCCUGCCUGGGCCAAUGGGUCUCAGCUUAGUCAAGCUGUCAUCCACCAAUACUACAACCCUCUCAAUACGGACAUGCUCUUUGGGACUAUCAUCAGCCCGAAGCUGGAGGACAUUUUCUAUAAGAGCAAGCCGCGAUACUUCAAGCGCACCAGCUCUGCUGUCUGGAAUUCCCCACCUUUUGGAGGUGCCAAAAAUGUGCUGGGCCUGCCAUACAGCCUGAAAAAGUACUGAUCCUGGGGAACGUCAGUCUCCUGUGGAAUAGCCAUGGCUUUAGUCUGAUUUUUAUUUCUGUGUAAGAAAACAUGUUUUGUUCUGGGGGUUUGGUUUUUUUUGUACCCCUAAUACUCAAUCUCUGUAAAUCUUUUAAUGAAUUAGACCUUAGCGCUGAAUAAAAAUCUGGGGCUUUUGCACUGUG